GACUGCACUGAAGGCAGUAGUGCAGCACACCAGUUCGACACUUCCAAAGCGCGCAAGAAAAUCCUCCAGGUUCAUCCACAGCAUAGGAAGCGGGGAGAUGGAAGGGAGCAGCAGCCGGACGCCGGAGAUAACCAUCGUCCCGGCGCCUAGGCCGGCGGCGGCCGGUGGCGGUGGCGCCGUCGAGGCGGUGAAGGCGGCGAGCAAGGAGCCCAUCAGCCCGGGCUCGCCUUCCCCGGCCAGCAAGGAGCGCCCCGGCGCCGUCUCCCUGCCCGGGUGGAAGCUCGACUCCCUCUGCAAGGAGUCCAGCUCGCCGACGGCCAUGAUGGCGCGCUUCCCCUAUUUCUGAAGCCACGCGCGUCUUUGUCAUCCUUUGCUAGUAUUUCCCGGCUGGUAUAUGUAAGUUUGCAGCGGCAGUUUUGCUGCUCAUUCCUUCCGGCGAUGUCGUGUAGAACUCGUAUCGUGAUUGUAUCGUUCUCGCAAGAGUUCUGGGGUGUCUUUGUGGUUGCUUUGAACUUCCUUUUUAAACAUCACUACAGAGGUAAGCGCUCAUACAUCAUGCCUUAUGAGCACCUUCGAGAGACUAAGCCGACAUGUCAUUUUAAAAUUUACGAAGUCAUCGUCAUUGUCCCUCUAACCAUCCAAUCACAGGUUGGUUUACUGGUGGCUUUGAACUUGGUCA